AUGAAAAUUAAGAGCAAGCAAACCAAGAUUAAGAAAAGAGUGAAGAUGUCAAACUCCGAGCCUUUCCUCGAUGAUAAUGAAGUUUUAUCAGAUACAAUGAUAAGGAGGAAUGGAAGACAUGAAAUUCUUAGUCAGACAUUACAAGGCACAACAAACUUAGCCAAUAUACUACCAACAGGAACCAUCUUAACCUUCCACCUUCUUUCUCCUGUUUUCACCAAUCGAGGUGAUUGCGACCAUGUAAAUGUUGUGAUGGCUUCCACCUUUCUCGCGCUCUGUGCAUUAUCGGUGUUUAUUCUCUGCUUCACCGACAGCUUUAGAGACAAACGUGGAAAUAUCUCUUAUGGCUUCGCAACCUUUAAUGGUCUGUGGCUGGUAGAUUCUGAGGUAGCUCUAUCACCACGGCUGGCUUCCAGGUACCGUCUGAGAGUCCUGGAUUUUGUGCACGGUUUCACAUCAGUAUUUGUUUUCACAGCAAUUGCACUGUCUGAAAACAAUACAGUAAGAUGCUUUUUCCCGCACCAUCGAGAGAUUUACAGCAGAUAA